CUUCAGUCCUUCCUCCCUCUGCAGCCAGCUUGGGAGCCCCGGGAGCCUGCGGGCUUCCAAGUGCCUGCCUGUACUUUCUUCCUUCCAAACUCAACUUUUCUUCCAUUGUGUGAACAUUGCCUUUCCUGCCCCAAAGCUUUGCCUCUCCACCAUGACGGGGGUGAGAGGUGACCUUUUGAGGUGACUAUAACUGAAGAUUGCUUGACAGAAGCCAAAAAGAAAAGGUUUUUGAGUCAUGAUGCAAGAAUCUGGGACUGAAACUAAAAGUAAUGGGUCAGCCAUCCAGAAUGGAUCCAGCGGCAGCAAUCACUUGCUAGAGUGCAGUGCCCUCCGCGAGGGCCGUGCCAACGGGGAAGCUCCAGCUGUAGAUCUGGGGGCAGCCGACCUCGCCCACGUGCAGCAGCAGCAGCAGCAGCAGCAGGCCUUGCAGGUGGCCAGGCAGCUCCUCCUUCAGCAGCAGCAGCAGCAGCAGCAGCAGCAACAACAACAACAGCAGCAGCAACAACAACAGCAGCAGCAGCAGCAGCAGCAGCAAGUUAGUGGAUUAAAAUCUCCCAAGAGGAAUGACAAACAGCCAGCUCUUCAGGUUCCCGUGUCAGUGGCUAUGAUGACACCUCAAGUUAUCACCCCCCAGCAAAUGCAGCAAAUCCUCCAGCAGCAAGUGCUGAGCCCUCAGCAGCUCCAGGUUCUCCUCCAACAGCAGCAGGCCCUCAUGCUCCAACAGCAGCAGCUUCAAGAGUUUUAUAAAAAACAACAAGAACAGUUGCAGCUUCAACUUUUACAACAACAACAUGUUGGGAAACAGCCGAAAGAGCAGCAGCAGGUGGCUACCCAGCAGUUGGCUUUUCAGCAGCAGCUCUUACAGAUGCAACAGCUCCAGCAGCAGCACCUCCUGUCUUUGCAGCGCCAAGGCCUCUUAACCAUCCAGCCCGGGCAGCCUGCCCUUCCCCUCCAACCACUUGCUCAAGGCAUGAUUCCAACAGAACUGCAGCAGCUCUGGAAAGAAGUGACAAGUGCUCACUCGGCAGAAGAAACCACGGGCAACAAUCACAGCAGUUUGGAUCUGACCACGACAUGCGUCUCUUCCUCUGCACCUUCCAAGACCUCCUUAAUCAUGAACCCCCAUGCCUCUACCAAUGGACAGCUCUCGGUCCACACUCCCAAAAGGGAAAGUUUGCCCCAUGAGGAGCACCCCCAUAGCCAUCCCCUCUACGGACACGGGGUGUGCAAGUGGCCAGGCUGUGAAGCUGUGUGUGAAGAUUUCCCAUCAUUCCUAAAACAUCUCAACAGUGAGCAUGCGCUGGACGAUAGAAGUACAGCUCAAUGUAGAGUACAAAUGCAGGUUGUACAGCAGUUAGAGCUACAGCUUGCAAAAGACAAAGAACGCCUGCAAGCCAUGAUGACACACCUGCAUGUGAAGUCCACAGAACCCAAAGCUGCCCCUCAGCCCCUAAAUCUGGUAUCAAGCGUCACACUUUCCAAGUCCGCGUCCGAGGCUUCUCCACAGAGCUUACCUCAUACUCCAACCACCCCCACGGCCCCUCUGACUCCUGUCACCCAAGGCCCCUCCGUCAUCACCACCACCAGCAUGCAUUCGGUGGGACCCAUCCGCAGGCGGUACUCAGACAAAUACAACGUGCCCAUUUCUUCAGCAGAUAUUGCGCAGAACCAAGAAUUUUAUAAGAAUGCAGAAGUUAGACCACCGUUCACAUAUGCAUCUUUAAUUAGGCAGGCCAUUCUUGAAUCUCCAGAAAAGCAGCUAACACUAAAUGAAAUCUAUAACUGGUUCACACGAAUGUUCGCAUACUUCCGACGCAAUGCAGCCACGUGGAAGGGUGCCAUUCGCACCAACCUCUCACUGCAUAAGUGCUUUAUCAGAGUAGAGGAUGAGUUUGGGUCCUUUUGGACAGUUGAUGAUGAAGAGUUUAUACGUGGCCGCCAUAUUCAACGAGGCCGUCCUCGCAAAUACUGCCCCGAUGAAAACUUUGACGAGCUUGUCACACAUAACCCUUCCCUUAUUAAAAACAUGCAGAGUAGCCACGCCUACUGCACACCUCUUAACGCUGCGUUACAGGCUUCCAUGGCUGAGAAUAGUAUACCUCUAUACACUACCGCCUCCAUGGGGAAUCCCACUCUGGGCAACUUGGCCAGCGCAAUCCGGGAGGAGCUGAACGGGGCCAUGGAGCACACCAAUAGCAACGAGAGUGACAGCAGUCCAGGCAGAUCUCCUCUGCAAGCUGUGCAUCCUGUACAUGUCAAAGAAGAGCCCCUGGAUCCAGAGGAAGCUGAAGGGCCUCUGUCCUUAGUGACAACAGCUAACCACAGUCCAGAUUUUGACCAGGACAGAGAUUACGAAGAUGAAGCAGUACAUGAGGACAUGGAGUGAACAUCUGGGUGGGCUGACUCCCCCCUCCUCUUCUUCCUCCUCCCUGCUCCCCCCACCCCAGAGUGAAGAUCGGAAAAAAAAUAAAAGGAAAACAAAACAAACAAACACACAACACGUCAGAAGUUACAGUGAAGUCGUUCUCCAUUUGUUGUACAGUCUGGAGGAUUUUUCACUACAUUUUGACAACUCUGAAAUGUGUUAACUCUUAGUGCCAUCGAGAAUCCCAUUUGGGAGUAUUUUUGAUUUUUCUACUUUUUGUUGAAAACAGGAAUUUGUACUCUGUGCAUCGGAUGGACUUGUUUGGUACUGGGGAUUUUCCUCUCAACAGUCAACAUCAGUGUUGUAUAUUUGCUGAUCGGAUUCACUUUUUAGCAGCAGACUUUGAACUGCAGUCCUUGCCAACAUUGGACACUGAGGACGGCCGACUUGAGCUUGUGCCCUUGAGCUGUAGACCAAGCCUUUACCCAGAAUUCAAGGAUUUCAAUGGACGACCUAUUUGCACAGUACUGCAUGUUGAAUGAAUAUCACUGCCUUUUAACUCUUUUUUGUUUUUGUUUGUUUUAAUUUUUUUUUCUUCCAGUUGGGAUGGGAAAGGCCUUUGUGUGUGUGUAUU